CAUCCAAAGUGUGGAGAGGUGGAAGGGACCGCUCUCGUGCACAUUGAUGUUUAUAUGAAUUAGCUGUGGACGGUUCAUUUUCAGUUUUAUCGGACAGUUUGGUUUGGAAAAAAAUGUCAGUCACCGAAAUGUUCAGUUAUAUUCAAGGCUUCCUGAGCGCCGACCAGGACGUCCGAGAGGAUAUCCGUAAAGUCGUGCAGACGUUGGAGCAGACUGCCAGAGAAAUACUAACCGUACUCCAAAGUGUCCACCAGCCAUCUGGAUUCAAAGAGAUCCCUGUUAAGUGUGCAAAGGUGCGGGAGCUGUUCUGUACGGUCAGGACACAAAUUGCAGACCUCAAAACCAAAUUUCCCGUGGAGCAGUAUUACAGGUUCCAUGAACACUGGCGGUUUGUCCUGCAGCGCUUGGUUUUUUUAGCAGCCUUUGUGGUCUACCUGGAGAGUGAGACGCUCGUGACUCGUGAAGAAGUGGCCCAGAUACUAGGCAUUGAAGUGGUGCGAGAGAAAGGCUUUCACCUGGAUGUAGAGGACUACCUGGCAGGUGUGCUAAUCAUGGCGAGUGAACUGUCACGGUUGGCAGUAAACAGCGUCACGGCAGGAGACUACAGCCGGCCGCUCCGCAUCUCCAACUUCAUCAACGAGCUAGACUCAGGUUUCCGCCUGCUGAAUCUGAAGAACGACCCUCUACGGAAACGCUACGACGGCCUGAAGUACGAUGUAAAGAAAAUCGAGGAGGUGGUGUACGACUUAUCCAUCCGUGGACUGGCCAAAGAGCAGGAAUCUGGUGUGGAGAAAUAGAUCUCAGAGGAGAACCGGCUGUGGGAGACAGAGGAGGAUGCUGUAGCUGCCCCCAGGCUGGGACCUAUCCACGGCUGCUGCCACUUUACCUACCUGGAGGGCGAGACCCAGGGGUGCUCCUGAGGCCCCAGCAGCUGAGGACAGACUGUGUGAGUGUGCGUGUACGAGUGCGUUCGUGUGAGAGAGAGAGACUUUCAAUGGUCGGCAGUCUGUCAGAAAGGUGGCAGAGACGGUGACCACGUUUGGCGCCACCGUUCAGAGGGUUAAGAAUCGAAGGUUCAGUUUGUUGCCGGUGUUUGAAAAUUUCUGUAUCCGUGUGUUAUUGAUUCACUGAGUUGAUUUUGCAACAGUUUCAUCUAAUUUGCAAAUGUCAGCUUCUUAUUAUGUUUUCUUCAUGUUCAAAUCCUUCAGACAGGCAGGCGGAAAGCCCUCGAGUUCGAGUGUUCCCAUCAUACAGAGCUUUUUUUGUGGAUAUUUGUGUUGCAAAGAAAAAAAGAAACAGAGAUCCAGGAGCCUCAUUUAUCAAAGAAACAUUCAAUGCAAUCCAAAAGACCAUAACAGACAAACAUCAUCAUAACCAGAUUUCAAUAAUUUAUGACUUGAAUAUUCAGCCUUGGUUUUUAAAUUGAUCAGAAGCGCCCUAAUUGCCUCUGUUUUUCAUGAAUGAGGCUCCAAGAAAGGUACAGCCAAAGAAAUGAUCAAGAUGCACUACACGGUAUAAGGCUACUUUAACAGUUUGAUUCAUGUUUUUGUUUCAUACAUCAAGGAACUCGUGUUGAACAGUGCCAAUGAGUACGUUUGUUGAGCCUUUUUCUUGCUUUGGAUAUGUGAUGAAACUUUCUCUUGAAAUCUAUAAGCAAAUACAAAAUGGUGUCAUGUUAAACCUUGCAUGCGUUUGUCUCACUUUUUUCCAUAUCGAGGCUUGUGUGGGUUCAAUGCUGUAGUAAAGCUGGGUUGUUUUUUCUUGAAAUAAUUCAUGUUCAAUCUUUGCCUUUCUGUGAUUUUGUUUCCUGGAGUGAUGAGUGCAUUCCACUUGUACUGUGUCAUGAAUCAGUUUUCCUUAAUUUCAUUAAUUUGACUGUAAAUAAAUUUCUACAUUCUGCA